GAUAUAUGUAAAGUUUUGAAUACAAUUGUCAACUUCACCUCUAGUACUUAAUUGCUUACACAUCUGCUAUAUUGCAACGCGCGAAGAUGGUGUUUUACGAAAACACUGUGUUAAAUACUGUUAGGACAGGUACUGAUGCAAAUAGGACAAGAGCAGAAGGCGAGAAUUGCCAUUCUGAUAAUAGGUUAACUCGGAUAAAAUGUUUGAUGUACACCGUACUUGUGAUGGUGAUUUUAAUGUAUGUUGUAGUUAUUGGUAUAAUUACCAUAUUUGUGAUAUAUGCGCCCGGAAACAAAGUUGACGGGAACUGGGCCCAGUGGUCUGACUGGACUUCAUGUGACGUCACAUGCGGAAAUGGUUCGCAGUCACGUUUUCGGACAUGCACAAACCCGACACAGACAGCAAAUGGCUGUUUUUGUACUGGAAGUGGUACAGAUAUUUCGAUAUGUAAGCUGACGGAGUGUCAGGGCAGAGGUGAUGACAUUAAAGAUUAUAAUAGUACGUUUUCUGCAAGACUGGUGAAGAAUAUAUACAGACCCCCGUCAUUUAAUGAUCAUGAACCCAUAGUGUUUGACGAGAUUAUGUACAAUAACAUGAAUGGAUACGAUAAUAGUUCGGGCAUUUUCAUAGCACCAGUGAGUGGUGUUUACCUGUUUAUAUAUUUCAUAGAAAUUGAAGGCUCAUAUGGUAGGGUAGAACUAAAACUGAAUAAAACAACCAUCAGUAAGACAACACUUUCUAGUAUGUACGUAGAGAUCUCGGUCUUUGGGAGCAAUAAUUCUGUCGUAUUCCAAAAUACAAAUAUAAAAAGGACAAAUAAUGCAGUCGUAGACAAAAUAAGUUGCUUAAGAGAAAGACCACUAAUAUCAAGCGGUCCAAACAUUACCGUUGUAGGAUUUCAACAAUUUAUGGAUAGAUGUCCUUAUAAAGGUGGAAUACGAGCAACAGGUGGUGAUUCAAUCAUUAUAUAUGCUCAUGCCGGAAGUCAAGUCUGGAUUCAUUGUGCGAGAUGUUAUUAUGGUAUUGCUGCAGGUACAUUCACUGGUGUUUUACUGAAUGAGAAUUAGAGAAUAUAUACAGAGCAAAAAGUAAAGCUCAAACUUAUAACGAGGGUAGAACCACGGUUAUUUGAAAGAAUUUAUUGUAUUAGUGAUGAAAUUAUUCAAGAAUCUAAAUGAAACUUAGUAUAAAGACAUGUUAAGGUAAUAAAUACGAAAAAGGAGUUGUCUAAGGUUAAUGAGCUGAUAUUUCAAAUGGAUUCAUAU